AUGGACUGCAGUGCUCCCAAAACUGCUCCAACACAAGUCCAUGCCAUGGACUGCAGUGCUCCCAAAACUGCUCCAACACGAGUCCAUGCCAUGGACUGCAGUGCUCCCAAAACUGCACCAACACAAGUCCAUGCCAUGGACUGCAGUGCUCCCAAAACUGCACCAACACGAGUCCAUGCCAUGGACUGCAGUGCUCCCAAAACUGCUCCAACACGAGUCCAUGCCAUGGACUGCAGUGCUCCCAAAACUGCUCCAACACGAGUCCAUGCCAUGGACUGCAGUGCUCCCAAAACUGCUCCAACACGAGUCCAUGCCAUGGACUGCAGUGCUCCCAAAACUGCACCAACACGAGUCCAUGCCAUGGACUGCAGUGCUCCCAAAACUGCUCCAACACGAGUCCAUGCCAUGGACUGCAGUGCUCCCAAAACUGCUCCAACACGAGUCCAUGCCAUGGACUGCAGUGCUCCCAAAACUGCUCCAACACGAGUCCAUGCCAUGGACUGCAGUGCUCCCAAAACUGCACCAACACGAGUCCAUGCCAUGGACUGCAGUGCUCCCAAAACUGCUCCAACACGAGUCCAUGCCAUGGACUGCAGUGCUCCCAAAACUGCAGUGGUAUCUGCUCUCCCAGAGGUGCUCCCACCAUUUCUGACUGACCAGCCCUGGCCAGCAGCACGUCUGUCUUUGGAGCUGCCAGGACUGGCUCUGCUGGACAUGGAGGAAGCUUCCAGCAGCCUCCAGAACUCCCACCCUGCCAAAGCCUGGCCAUGCAAACCCAAUAAAUCCAGAAUAGAAAAGCCUGAACAAUACAAAACCACUUCCUCAUGA